AUGGUCGAAGAACAUGGGAAGACAGUAUUUCACUGUUUCGCAUUUGGCGGAAGAUGUAUAAGCCUCAAGACCACAGAUAGCAUGGAGGCUCUGGUCAUUAUAGGGUACCAAGUCGUACUACCAGAAUACAUUAAUAGGAGGUUCACGCGAACGAAAGGAAAGAUGAGAUAUCUCAUCCCCCUCUUCACCCUGACUGCCACCUGCACCUCCCUUUCCGCCAAAUCAAAGCGGUGGGAACAGUGCAGCGUUAAAGGUGAAGAAGGCCACUGCAUGCCGCCUGUCGAAUGUAAAGCCUGGAACGGCGUACCCAUCGCCGGCGACUGGUGCAAACAAUCACCAUAUGGCUGGCAAUGUUGCACAGCUCAACUUACCUCUCUUCACGCCAGCAUGGCAGGUGAGGAUGAUGUUGAUGAUGACAACGAUGAGUACAGCAACAGCCUUGUCAAGCGCGCACCUCGCUCCUGCAAUGUCCGCGGUGUCCCCGGCAUCUACAAAGCACCGCCCCCACCACCAGCGGGCCGGAAAUGUAACGCCCGUGGCGUCCCGGGAGUAUGCAAGAAAAAGUCCGCGUGCAGAGGCACCGCGACACCCGGUGCCGGAACCGCCAAUGACCCAUGGACGUGUCCGCAUGACCCCAACGACGUGAUGUGCUGCACGGAUAAGAAGCCGCCGCCGCCGCCGCCGCCCGCGGGCCCAUCUGUUCGGAUCCCCGAGUACAGAUGCAAGCGCCAUGUCAUUGAUGCCGGGUAUAAGAUUGUCGGCGCGAAUCCGGGGAAGGUGAGGUUUGUGGGUUGCUACGGGAAGCGCUCGAGCAAGUCGGAGCAUCCACUUGGGCUGGCGUUGGAUUUGAUGACUGGGGCACACUCCCCCAACGGCCAGCCGCUUGCGGAAUGGGUCAUGUUCCAUGCUAUAGAGCUUAAGGUCAAAUAUGCUAUCUGGGGUCAGAGGAUCUGGGAAGCUGGCGAAAGCGUUCGAGGCUGGGCGCAGUGGGAGAAGAUGGAGGAUAGAGGCGGGCUUACUGCGAAUCACUGGGACCACGUCCAUGUUAGUUUCCUCCCAUAA